UAUACUCUGGUCGGAGACGAUUAGUUCAUUUCAACGACUAAGCUCAACGUACUCAAGACUAUUUCACGGAGGGUCUGUCUUGGACGUUAUUCCCCACGCCUACACGGAUCGUGUAUUGAUGGAUAGUCGUACUUGUUGCCACAGUAAAUGUUAAUGAAACGCGCAUAUACUGUUGAAGAAGGCAGAGACAUCGUAAGUAUAUGGACGUCACGCUUGGGAACUAGUUGUUCGGUUGCCGAGAGACGGAAGCUUUAAGGACGCUAGAGGCGAGAGACACGACUCACUGUUCCGAUGAGAUGUGCAAUGCUUGGAUGUUUGUGACUGUAUUGUCAAAGACUUUUGGAAAAGGAUAGGACCUUGGAGCAGAUCUGACUCAGCUUUAUGGACGAUAUUGGUGGAACAUGGGGGCACCAAACUAGCUUCUUCCACAAAGUGGAUUGACUUUCUUGUCAUACUUAUCCAGUGUCUGUGUUUCUAACUCUGGGGCUGUUUAAGUGGACAACGUCUGACAGCUCACCCAACACACUGACAAUUAUGAGGAUGGUAACCAAUGUGGCAAACCAACAGAAAUCGUUUUUGUAAAUGAGGUACAUUUUCCUGCUUGAGUUAGCUCAUGCCAUGUUUCCCGGAUACUUUUUCAAGGGGUUAGACAAUAUUCUACAUAUUACAGUUCCACGGCUUACAUACGACAAGGUCAACAGACAUCCAGUAAUUAGUGACCAUGGCAACAGACACCGAGUAACUACUUAACUUCAACAGUGAGGAACCAACAUUAUUGUAUAAAGAUAAAGUCAAGAAUAUACUUGGCUUACGGUUUCCUUCAUCAGUGGCAAUUUCAAUCCAUAUUGCAUUAACAAACCAAUGUGUUAACAAAUUAUUACUUGUGGUGAGCAUAUGCAACAAUUAUUGACCACAACAGUGACGACCCCAUGCAUGGUAACAUAUGACUAUUUAUACAAAAUUUCACUCCAUGUAGAGAAACACACGGGGCAGUGACUGAAUUAAUGUUCCCAUGAACCCUUGGGUUUAAUUAAUAUUCCUACAAGACCCGACAAACUUGUCCCCUGUGCCAUGAUAUAUUAUGGAGAUUGCAUAGUAGAGAUGACAGCGCCCUAAUGGUUUGAUCAAGAAAUUGGCCUUUUCUGUUGUUUACUGCAUUAGACGCCACGUGUUAAGACGAUGCACAUACAUCAAGCCCUAUCUCGACAGCACGGGGAUGACCUUUGAUGGAAACAUGCCUUCAAGUUAGUUUCGUCUUCUCUGAGUCCCCUUAGCCAGUGUGCUGACACAGAAGAGCAAAUCGCCCCUUUGACCUCCAGACAACCUUUUCGUGCGAACAACAUUCGGUGCUUAUAGCCCUGUAAAAGUCAUUUUGUAACAUCAACAGUUCAAAAUACCAGGAAUUUAGUUCAAAUCCUUGUUUGUGUUUCGUCAGAACAUAUUUUGAGACAGUUUGUUUGUGUUUAAACAGAGUCAACCUCUGUAUCAUGCAUCAGAAGGUUCACGACUUAGGAUCCUAUAAACUUGAUAUGACAUUACACUGACACAGCUUAGUUACUAUUGUAUUGUACUAUUGUAUGUUUGAACGGAUCAUAACGAAAGAAACCUUCAACACCUGACGAAUCAAACAGGACAAUGUCUCUGGGCGCUAUCCUCGAAUACCAUGGGGAAACCAACUUUUCCCAAGAAUUCCAGUUCCCUUUAUAUGGCAACAACGGAACAGACCAUCUUGUAGAGAUCGCCCAUGCCAUCAGUUUAUAUCUUAUCCCCACAAUCUGCUUCCUUGGAAUCGUCGGCAAUGUGUGUUCCUUCUUCGUCUUCACGUUAUCAACGUUCCGGUUCCUGCCCUGUUCACUCUACCUUGCCGCUCUGGCAAUCUCAGACACUGGCUUCCUGGCAGCUCUGUUCAUGGCCUGGCUUACCAGUCUCAUGCCCUGGGUUGCUAUGGCACCGGGUCUCUGUCUCACAAUGGUGUACAUUACCUAUGUGUGUAGUUUCUUGUCCGCCUGGUAUGUCGUGCUCAUGAUGGUGGAGCGGUUCGUCGUUGUCUGUCAUCCCCUGAAAGCUCCACGGUAUGUAACAAAGAAGAGGUCUAGAAUGGCCGUGGGUGUGGUCACAUGCUUUGCCCUUGGUCUAUACGUGCACAGUUUCCUAUCCACAUACGUUAAUGUAACCGUGUACGGGCCAUCCUGCUCAGCGAGAGAACAGUACAUGAAAUUCAACGCUAUAUUCACUUACAUAGACUCACUAGUAACAUUUGUGGUGCCUUUCACAGCAAUACUUAUCCUCAACAUCAGGAUCAUCUUAACAGUCCGGAAUUUCCGUCUUAAGCAUCAUCCUUUACACAUGUACUGCAUGCAUCAGUCGGAGCCAGGGGUUCUGACACAGGCCCAAGUACGGUCAACGAAAAUGCUUAUAAUUGUGUCCAGUAUUUUCGUCGUUCUCUAUCUUCCCAGCCACGCCAUCAGAAUGUACCUGCUUGUGAGAGUGUUGGUCAUGAAAGACCACUGGAUGUAUGACCACACGACCGUCCUCGCACAACAGAUCUGCCAGUUUCCUUACUUCAUCAACUUCGCCGUUGACUUCCUCGUCUAUAGUAUCACAAGUAAGAACUUCAGGAAGAAUGGUGUCAAGCUGUUCAGAAGGAUGUGUGAUGAUGACUAAACAUCGUGUUAACGUUUCACUAUGGGCGAGUCAACUUGACUCCCAAGACAACUGAGAAGCAACACAACUACUACUCAACCACGAACCAUGUUGUCAAACUGUUCUGAAGUAUGUGCGAUGAUGACUAAACGUCAAUGAACUUUCACGAUUCGUUGGAUUUCAUGUGUCUAGCGACGGACGAGUGAGAUGAAACACAUCUAUGAGCAUGACUUAAGUUCAGUCAUCCUUUGACAGGAAUAGUGAUAUAAGGAAAGCUUCCUGGGCCAACAACAUCAAAAGUAAUUAUUUCUUGCAUCGUGGAAUGCCAACUUUUAACUACCAAACGUAAAUGUAAAAAGGGUAAAAAGGAAAAGAAAAGCAACGAUUCAUGGAUUAAUUCACUUUGAGUUCUGACACCAGCUUUGAACAAGCGAAUGGGUAUAUCAAGAAUAUAUAUCUGAUGUGUUGGCACGUAAGUGUUUGGAGGAUAUAAAACGUAUGUGCAGGCUCUAUAAUAUGGGGGUUCAUCAAUUAAUCACAGUGACAUAUGUGCAGAACAUUCUUUGGAAAUAUUGUGACUUGUAGAUAUAAACAUUUUACCAAAGGAUUAGCAAAGAGAACACGAUAGUGUGACAUGUUUCGUAUUUGUCUAAUAUCGACAUAUGGUCACCAUUUGUCCAUGCAGGAGGAUGGAAACAAUUGUGAAGCUGUUAAUCUUGUGUCCCUACAGAAAGAUGGUAACAGCUGUGAUCGUUUGUCCAUACAGGAGUAUGGAAACAAUUGUAAAACUAUUGAACGUUUUUCCAUGGAGGACGAUGGAAACAAUUGUGAAGCUGUUAAUCUUGUAUCCCUACGGAAAGAUGGAAACAGCUGUAAUUGUUUGUCCAUGCAGGACGAUGGAAACAAUUGUGAAGCUGUUUAUCUUGUGUCCCUACAGGAGUAUGGAAACAAUUGUAAAACUAUUGAACGUUUGUCCAUGCAGGACGAUGGAAACAAUUGUGAAGCUGUUAAUCUUGUAUCCCUACGGAAAGAUGGAAACAGCUGUAAUCGUUUGUCCAAACAAGAGGAUGGAAACAAUUGUUAAGCUAUUGAUCGUUUGUCAAUGCAGGACAAUGGAAACAAUUGUGAAGCUGUUGAUCGUUUGUCUAUACAGGGAGAUGGAAACAAUUGUGAAGCUAUUGAUCGUUUGUCAAUGCAGGACAAUGGAAACAAUUGUGAAGCUGUUGAUCGUUUGUCUAUACAUGGAGAUUGAAACAAUUGUUCACACAGGCGUAUUUACAGUAUUGUAAAGACCUUUAUCUGUUGUAAGUACAGGACAGUGGACACUGAUGUAAUCUGUUCACGCCAAUGUAAACCAACGACACAAAGACAGUCUGUCUGAGAUAUGGAAAAGUGUUUAAAAUAAUACAAAUAACAUCUGUCAAAUUCCUGACAUUUGGUCAUAACAUGUUAAGUACUGCAAGUAAUGCUGACAGAUAGUAAAAUAUAUAUGGUGGCGCAGUGAACACAAAAUUACAACAGCAGACAUCCUUACCAACAGGCUUUUAAACGUCCUCUGUAUUUCUGUAUACUGCACCAUGCCAUGUUGUGUAAGGUCUUACUAAACGAUAAACCCAGUGCUAUAUGUUUUCGAAUGGGGCUUUUUGGUGCUCUUGUUAGUGUCUUGUAGCACCUCUGUGAAUGAUGUCUAAGAUGUCAUAUCUGCCAAGUAAUAUUACCCUUAGUUGCUCCAGAUUAGAAUAGAAUAGAUUGUGUAUCACAGUACCCCGAUUGCGUGUGAUCGUAACCCGAUUGUGUGUCAUCAUUCCCCAUUGCAUGUCAUCGUAUCUCAAUUGUGUUACCAUUCCCCGAUUGUGUGUCAUCAUUCCCCGAUUGCGUGUCACAAUCCCCCAUUGCAUGUCUUCGUAUCCCAAUUGUGUGUUACCAUUCCCCGAUUGCGUGUCACCAUCCCCCAUUGCAUAUCAUCGUAUCCCAAUUGUGUGUUACCAUUCCCCGAUUGCGUGUCACCAUCCCCCAUUGCAUAUCAUCGUAUCCCAAUUGUGUGUUACCAUUCCCCGAUUGCGUGUCACCAUCCCCCAUUGCAUAUCAUCGUAUCCCAAUUGUGUGUUACCAUUCCCCGAUUGCGUGUCACCAUCCCCCAUUGCAUACCAUCGUAUCCCAAUUGUGUCUUGUCAUUCCCCGAUUGCGUGUCAUUAUUCGCCGAUUGCGUGUGAUUGCGUGUCACCAUCCCCCCAUUGCAUGUCAUCGUAUCCCAAUUGUGUCUUGUCAUUCCCCGUAUCCCAAUUGUGUCUUGUCAUUCCCCGUAUCCCAAUUGUGUCUUGUCAUUCAUCGCACCCCGAUUCCGUAUCAUCAAUCCCCGAUUGCGUGGAUAAUCCACACCGUUUACGCUUUCAGUCACGUUGUUGACUUGACCUCACUUGUUUAUUCAGGGCCUCCGAAAUGUAUUUGGAAUAUUGCUAAAACUCACACACUCACUGUCUGUUACAUAGGGAAACCUCGUUUACUCGAAGCGCAAAUCAAAUCUCCUUGUAUGAAAUAGGUAGAAUACUGACAUUUUAAAUGCAAUAAAACGUGAUGAGAUACCUUUACUAUGACGUGAGAUCACGGUGAAAUGGGUUUAAAAGUCGCGUUCAAGAGUAUUGCCCUACUAUACACUUAGCGACGUGCAUGCACAUGUAAGUGUUUGUGGUAGCGUGCUUGUACCAGUCAAGACAAAUGCUGUAUAUAAUGUGUUAUAGCUAGCCCAAUGCCGUAGUUUGACAUUGAUGCCACACUUAGAGACGUAUACCGACCCAAGUCUUUGAAAGGCAUUUAGAAAUGACACACAUAAGGAAGAGAAUUUAUGGAUGUCAACUUCUUCAUUUUGAGGAACACAACUUUUCGGAGUAUGUACUUACUCCUCUAUCGGAUGAAUGAAUGCUAUGAGGCAGAGGUCUCACAUGUGUACAGGUAAGACCAACCAAAGUAAUAAGAUAACAAAGCUGGAAACUUAACAAGGGAAGCCAACAGAUAAUUGGCGCUGAUAGAUGAUUCGCAAUAGACAAUGGAAGCCAACACUUAAUAAAUUCUCUUCCCCAAGUUUACCGACUCUUCUUAAGUAAUGAAACGUUUAUGCGUUGAAGUAAUGAUGUUUCACCAAAUGUAAGCAGCAAAUUACGUAGGAUAAUGAAUCUUUUAGAUAAUAGAAUAGAAUUGUAUGUUUAACAUUAUACUCUUGGCAACGCGAUGGUAAUCUGUCAGUGGUAAGUUCUGCGCUACUCCUGUCUUAAAUGCCUUAUUUAGAGUCAUGCUUGUCGUAGCGUAAGGCGCUUUAUGAAAGGUAUCAUUCCACAAAGCGAUAUUGGACCUACGGUUGUUAUACAUAUGUAAUAGGUAGCCAUUGACCACUCAUUGUAAGCGCUGCUACCCCAAAACCCCCAAACGAAGCCUACAUGUAUGUGCUAAUUUCGAAAUGGGUCAAAACGAUCCGUUUCAGGGAGGCUUUUUAGGCAAAUGAGAGUUUCUUUGCGAGUUAAAUGAACUUAUAUGUCCUGUAUUUAUGGUGAAUUGGCUUGUUUCCUGUGCGGUAAUAAGUUCCUUCGUGACGUAUUAAAGUCACAAGUUACUCUAGGGCGUCGAGUCUUCAAGUAUCGGUUGAUAGCUUCCUUUAAAGUAGCAGGGUAAUGGGCGAGGUUAAAAAACAACAACAUUGAAUGUUAUCCCAAGUACUCUCGCAAUCCAAUACUUCCCAUAUACCGUCAUAUCUCGACGAUAAUUAGUGGAACAGGUUCCAUUAUGUGUUGUCGCGUUGUAUUGUCAUCAAAUAAGCCAUUGCCGGAAGCUUGAAGAUCAUCGAUUGGAAUUUGCAGACUAACAAGGACUUCGAUGAAUACUAAUUGAUAAGUAACACAGGUAACUCAAGCCUAAUUGCCUCUGUCAAUGUUCGUAUGUUUACAUAUGGUCUUACAUGAUUCAUAUACGAAUAUAAUGUUUGAUUAAUUGUUUAUCUUGAUAUAGAUUUAUUUUAUUGUUUUGUAGUGUUCGUCGACUACUUUGUAUCAGCUUGUUGAUUGUUAUGUGAAUAAAAAUAUA